UUUUAACAUCCCAUGCGCAGGCGCACUCGCGCCGCCACAGAGGGAACGCCGGCGGGCUGGAAGGUUUUUCCCCUGCCUUUCGCGGGAGGGCUGGUCUGCGCAUGCGCGUUGCCGUGACGCUCCUUCAGCCCGUUCCUUUCCUGUGGGAGCAUCUGCUAGAAUACACAUCACAUAAUGGCUGAUGAAGUUGACUUCACCACUGGAGAUGCCGGUGCUUCUGCCACCUACCCCAUGCAGUGUUCUGCACUUCGCAAGAACGGAUUUGUGGUGCUCAAGGGACGUCCCUGCAAGAUUGUGGAAAUGUCCACUUCGAAGACUGGCAAACAUGGUCAUGCCAAGGUCCAUCUAGUUGGCAUUGAUGUUUUCACUGGCAAAAAAUAUGAAGAUAUAUGUCCUUCCACUCACAACAUGGAUGUACCUAAUAUCAAGAGGAAUGACUAUCAGCUAAUCUGUAUUCAGGAUGGUUACCUCUCUUUGCUGACAGAAAGUGGUGAAGUUCGUGAGGAUCUGAAGGUGCCAGAAGGUGACCUAGGCAAAGAAAUAGAGGGGAAAUACAAUGCAGGCGAGGACUUCCAGGUGUCGGUCAUGUGUGCAAUGAGUGAAGAAUGUGCCGUAGCCAUAAAACCUUGCAAAUAGGGCCACCAGGAUGGGAGCAGCUGCUUAGGUCCCGGCAACUGCAGAUCUUGUAUUUUAGUUCUGAUAAUCACCAAAGCUAUAACCUUCACUAGCAACCUCGUGUCUUUGUUUGAAAAUAGUGCUGACUAAUGUUGCAAGCCAUUUGGCAAUAUUAAAAAAUUGCUGAAGCUCAAGUGCUUACAGGAAUGGCAAGGCAGUCAAAACUGUCAUUUUAGAUCAUGAGGUAUCAAACUAGUUUGCUUUGCUCAAGUGGGACUUUGUGAAGCCGUGCCAAUACCCAGGUAGUACUAAGUUUGGAUCAAAGGACGUGUUCAACAUUUUAAACAAAAACGAAAAUAAAACCGAUUUUAUCUUAAAUACCGCUGAGUUGUGGCUUGCACUAAAACGUGAAUAGCAAGUGAGCUAGAGACAAGGGAACUCGUGAUCAAAAUGCCAGUGCUGAAGGCCAUGUGCAACUAUCUCUGUAGUCUUGUUGGUUCAGUCUUAACACAAGUCACCAUUUGCCUGCGAUGCAAACAUCCAGAAUAUUGGGUGCUUUCAUACUCUGGUUAAUAGUGCACAAAAGUGUGGGGGCAGGGUUGGGGGCGGGGAAGAUUCACUAGAGGCCUUUGAUUUCAACAUGCAGUUCAGUCACUCUUCUGCUAGUUAAUGGAAGGGAAUGCCUCCAGUAUAAAACAGAAAUGGGUUUUUAGCUCUGUUUAGUUUUGUAGCACAAGUAGACUUCUCUUUUGGCUUGAGUAGGACUUGGAGCAACCGUGCACAUACUGACUUAUACGGAGGCUAAAUGUGAACACGUUUCAGCCAGCUGAAUAUAGGCCAGGAGCUGUCAAAUCUAGUAAAGGAUUAUAUAUGAGUGCUUUAUAAGUGUAGGCACUUUGGGGCUUAGGAUAUGGGGUAACUCUAAAUCUACUUGUGCAAGACUUAAUUACACUGAACAAACAAAUGCCUAAUAUAAUUGAAUAACUAAUAACUAGUCUAUAUGAUCUUCCAUGUGUAAGAUCAUACUUCUGCUUGGUGUUUUGGGGGAAGAGCCUAAUUACUUAAAUUUGCCUUAAUGUUAGUAGCAACUGACUAACUUGAACUAAUGACUUUGGGUUGUUAUAACAUGCCUAGUUCAUUACUGGCAGCUUUCUUUUUGGCAGGAUUUUGAGCUUCAGUUAGGGAAAAAAUGGUUGCCCUUAAUUAAUGAGGUUGGACUAGUGGUGAACGGUAAACUGCACCAGGGUUUCUCAGUAGGCUAUCAAGCAAGUAUCUAUGCAGAGACAGGGCACAAGACAGCUUGAUUUGGCAAUAAACACUCUGGAACUAAGCACAGUCUUGACAUAGUUGUAAAUUUUACUACACAUUUCAUGAUCUAGGGCUACUAGAAAGCGGAAGGGGUUUGGGAUAAUGCUAGAAUCUAAUCAUGUGAUCAUUCGUAAAUAGUUGGUUUCCAUAUUCAGAGUAGAAAUGGAAAGUCCCAGUUUGAAACAUUAGCUAGUCACAUUGAUCAUGAUCUCACGUGCAGUUAUCUGCCAGGCAUGAACAGCUAAGAGAAGUGAACCGAUGUCAGAAAAAUGGAAGGGUUCUGUUAGCAUCCUACUACUUGCAUCACCUUAAUAGGUACAGGUAAUGGUCUGGAGGUUUCUGGCUUAAAUGUAUUAUUAAAAUGUCCCCCUCCUGUUUGUUUGUUUUUUAAAGGAAAAAAGGGGGUGUUUUAUAAUUUCAACUUUAUUUUUUUAGCUAUCUGGCAUCAUGGGUAAUCUAGCCUAGGUGAAUACAGAAAUACAGCAUCUGAUGGACAGAUGGUACAUUGGGCACUAUUCCAUAUACAACUGUGCAAUUUUUCAGUUAAACUACAGUAUUUGCAAGACUAUAGCAAAGCCAUUUCACUUGUAGAGGGCAAUCUGUCUACAGACCCAUCAGGUUUACAGUAAACUUAACUUUGUUAAUAAAAGCUUGAAGUGCUGUAUCUUUCAGGUACUUUGAGCUAUUUCAGGGUAAUUGUGCUUCUCUGAAUUCUGAAUGGUUCUUACUUUGUAGUUGAAAAGUGAAUGCAGUUCCAAGAGCAGGCUCAAGCUCUUCUAACAAGCUGUCGCCCAAAAAUGAAGGCUGAACAGCUCGUUCCUGCUGUUACUUUGUGCUGGCCCAAGCUUUCAUGUGUUGGGGUCCAUUUAUGUCUUAUGGUUUUUCCUUAAUGUGCUGUUGGUGUUCUCGCCUCAAGUGUUAGGGAAUUGUUUUUUUUUUUAAAAAAGAAACCCAAAUUUACCUCUUUGUCUCUUUGUGUUCCACAAAACCGCUGCUAGUUGAGCCAUGACUUGAAUAUACAGUCUUCUCAGGGCUGCUCUUGCGAAGAACUGAAAGAGCUUAAGUUGAUUAUUUUAACAGAGCUGCUUGAAAGUCUUACAGGGUUUUGUAUUCCAUAAAUUUAUAGCAUGCUUAUGAUGCAAAUAGAGUUCUAGUAUAUCGAGCGUUAGCCUAAAGGAGUCAAACAUUUGUGACCAGCCUACUCCAGUGACUAGAUUACAUGUUUGACUGCAGUAAGCUUUAAGUGUUGGAAUGUCGACUGUGUCUGGAAACAUGAAUAGAGAAAGCCGUGCUUAAGUAUUUUCAUUCUGUGUAACAUACAAAACUCAUACAUUAUAUUAUAAUCAACAUUUGUCACAGUAUAGCUCAGACACUGGUCCCUGUAGCUUUUAUCUGCAUUGUGGUGUCUAGGCCUUUUAGAACUCUGAAUGCUUGUGAUCAGUGACUGUUACAUUAAAAACUGAAAAUGUUAAAAGUGUGCAGACAUAGGGGUCUUUUUUUAUUGUGACACAUAUUUGUUCAGACAAGUAUGCAAUAUAUCUUCUGGCUAGUGAAUGGAUGCGUUGUUCAUUAUAGAAAAGUGACUUUAAAAGCAAAACUUGAAAGGUUUGUACUUUUCUGCAUUUCUGUAAUAGUGAAGUAUUCAUGUGUUAAAGAGUUUUUGGCUUUUAACAAUUGUUUUAUUGAAAUGUUUGAAUUAUGACUUGGGUCACAGCAAAAAGAAUAAAGUUUCAAUAAACCUUAA